AACUUCACCCACUUCACUCCAUACAAGUUUACAACGACUCUUAUCUCCCUCCCUCUAUAAUUAAUUCUUUAUAGCCGUUAGAGCCUCUGCUCCUCCCGUCUCUCUGUAACAAUGGCGAGGGACUCUUCGUUUGUUUCAGAGCCGAACACGAGCGCCUCUACCGCCGCAAAAUCCUCUCUUCAUUCCCCUUCUUCGUCUUCUUCACUGAAGCGGAAGAGACCCCCCAUGAUUGAGAUCCCAAGUGUCUUGCAAGAAAUCCGAACGGACAGGUUCACGUCCCGAGACCCCACGCCCCGAGCCAACGCUGUCUGCCUCGGUGAAACUGGCGUCGGGGUUUUCUCCAUCAAAGGCAAGAAGAAGUUCAUGGAAGACACCCACAGGAUUCUUCCUUGCUUACUCGGCGACUCAAAUAAAGGUUUUUUCGGUGUUUAUGAUGGACAUGGAGGUAAGAAGGCUGCGGAGUUUGUUGCAGAGAAUUUGCACACUAACAUUCUUGAGAUGAUGGAGAACUGUAAAGAGCCUACGGCUAAGGAAGAGGCUGUCAAAGCUGGGUAUCUGAAAACAGACCAGGAUUUCCUGAAGCAGGGUUUAGGCAGUGGUGCUUGCUGUGUCACAGCCUUGAUUGCGGGACAAGAGGUGGUUAUUUCAAACCUAGGAGAUUGUAGGGCUGUUCUUUGUAGAGGUGGCGUGUCAGAAGCUCUUACGAUAGAUCAUAGAGUGGGCCAGGAGGAUGAACGGAAAAGAAUCGAGGAUAUGGGGGGAUAUGUAGAGAUACAUCGAGGAGCAUGGAGAGUUCAUGGGAUACUUUCUGUUUCUAGGAGCAUAGGAGAUGCUCAUCUGAAGAACUGGGUGCUGGCUGAGCCUGAUACAAGUAUCUUAAAGCUAACACCGGACAUGGAAUUUCUUAUCUUGGCUUCUGAUGGAUUGUGGGAAGAGGUUGGCAACCAAGAAGCUGUUGAUCUUGUUACUAGAUUAUGUCUUGUUGAAAAGAGAUUGGGACCCUCAAGUGUUUUUCGAAAAGAUCACGAAGAUGAUUAUGGCCAUGUGAAUGUAAGCCUGUCAGCAAAGUUGCGGAGGAUUUCACUGGUCAAGAAACAAAAAGGAACCAGUAAGGAUCCAAGCUAUAAGAAAACGGCUAGAUGGAAAGGUAAAGAAGAUGACUUUCCUAGUGAAAAUGAAAGCCCACAGUCAAAGUCACGAAGAAUAUCCUCAGUAAAGCGAGUAAAUGUGAAAACUCAAUCUCCAGCAAAAGAAACUAUUAACCAUAAGAGGAGACCAGCCUCUGGUGGACUUGUGGCUGCUUGCAAAGAGCUUGUGAACCUUGCUGUGAGUAGGGGUAGCUUGGAUGAUGUAACUGUGAUGAUAAUUGAUCUAUGCCAAUUCAAAUGUAUUUCUGCUUGCUUUUCAUCCGGUGAGAGGUCAGCUGACGAUCCAGCAAAUGUAAUCAGGUCAGGUCAGAGUGUAUCUAUGUCAGUAUAUCUAACAAAGAUUGCCGGUCAAUGUCGUCUAAUCAAUAUAACAUGGUGUAAGAACGUGUUACAACAUGGCCUAUAUGUUUCCGUUCGAGGACUAGAUGGAGAUGAGCAUCAUCGGUGCAAGGUCGAGAUCAAGGCUUGGUAUUUUGGGAGGAAACAAGGCUCAAAGAAUUUUGUGAUUGAUGGGAAAACAGUCUAUGUGGUUUGGGACCUUAAAGCUGCAAAAUUCAACAGCGAGACUGAGCCACAAUCAGAUUACUAUGUAGCCAUUGUUUGCGAAGAAGAGGUGGUUUUAGUUGUUGGUGAUCUAAAGAAAGAUGCCUUCAGAAAAACGGGUUGUAGGCCAGCUCUUAUCGAACCCACUUUGGUUUCAAGGAAGGAACAUGUGUUUGGCAAAAGGAAAUUCUCCACAAGAGUCAAAUUUCAAGAGAAAGGUAAUGUUCAUGACCUCUCAAUUGAGUGUAAUAGUGCAAUCAGCAGUGAGAACUCUUUAGUUGGGUUUGAUCCAAAAAUGGAGAUUAGGGUAGAUGGGAAUCUAGCCAUUCAUAUUAAGCACCUUCAAUGGAAGUUUAGAGGUAAUGAGUUCAUCAGUGUAAACAACACUAAAAUAGAAGUUUAUUGGGAUGUCCACGACUGGCUCUUUAGCUCUGGUACAAGGCAUGGUCUGUUCAUAUUUAGGCCAAUUUCAUUAUCUGUACCUCAGUCAUCAACAUCAGCACUGUCUUCUUCAGCUCCAUCAACACAUUUGUCAAAUCAGGAGUCCAAUAUUUCUGCUUCUGGAGAUGAAGAUACGGCAGGUGGGUCUUCCAGGUAUUCCUUGUUUUUCUAUGCCUGGAGGGUAGAAUGAAUUUGCAGAGUGGCCUCUCUGGUAAUCACCAUCAUCAACAUUAUAAAAAAACACAGGCAUAGCCAUUGAGUUGAAGACAAAGAUGCAUGUUCCAAGUUCAUUGAAAUUUUGAAUGGUGGUCUUUGAAUUGAGCUCUCACAAAGAGGAAGCAGAGAAAGAGAGAGUUUGGUCUUUGGAAGCUUAAUGACCAACACAAAGGGCCCAAAGUGAGUAGGUAUCGUGGUACGUAGCUACAGCUGGGAUUGAAUAAUAUGGACAUGAUUGGACGUGCCAGAUUGGGUCACAUCCAUCUGCUAAUAGUUUGAUAAUUCUCCAAUCCCCAUUACCCAACCUUAGUUGUUCUAUUAUGAUGUGUGUUUUCUUUUCUUUUCUUUUUUCUUUUGUUGAGUAUCCAUCCAGAGUUAAUGAAGUCCCAUAUAGGUGACAGAAGCACCAAACAAAAAGAGCAUGUAUAUAUAUGUGUGAUGUAUAUUGAUAUGGUAUAAACUGUUGUUCAA